AUGUGUUUAGGCUCUUACUAUAUAAAGCGCCUAGCAUUCAAAAUUAAUCAGUACAAACCCAAAGUUUCCAACAUGAAGUUAUUUAUCAUCCUGCUGAUGAAUAUUUACCUUGCAAAGUCUUGGGAGGACCACGUUCUUAUCCACGGUCCCGACACUCCGGUCUACAAGUGCAAAUUUUUAAACGGAAGCGUUAAAGUUGAAACUUUCAAGCAUAAAUUACCGCGUCGCACAGCAAUUUACUCUUCUUACAAAGCGAUUCAUCCAAAAUUAGUGUUAGUGGUGGACUACAAAGACUAUAUAAGAGACGGUGAGAAGAAAUCUCUGGAGCGUGCAGUGAUAAUAAUUGAAAAUAUCAAUUCUAAUUACCAAGAGGUCAAUUUUAGCUCGAGAGUCGAAGCGCAGCUGGCUGGAGUCGUCUUAAUUACGGAUCCGGAUGUAUACUCACCGCCGAAGACUUUGAUGCCACCGGAGGAAGGUACGGGGUCGGUGGUCAGAUCGGAGUUCUAUAACCCGAAAACAGCCUCUUUGAUCAAUCGCACGCUGCCUCCCUGGGAGAAUUAUACUUUGGCUGACAAGGAAUUGGAGAGGUUCAAUGAUUGGUGGAAGAUUCAUAGCCAGCUGUUCGAGGGCUUGGAUUAUGAUGCGUUCAUCUAUUCAUUUCCAUGGUACCUCGCUGGAGAUUCUAUUAUAGAAAAAGAUUUAAUUAUACUGUGGUCUUUUUCCAACGGAAAGAUCUGUGAAUCAAAGCCGGGAGCGAUUGUUAGUUCUCUGUUUAAAGAUUCGCACUAUUCAUAUGCUUUAGAGGUUUCUUAUUUCUUCGGAGUGACUGCGGAAAAUGAUAGAAAAAAUUCUCAUUGGUACACUUGGCAUGUAACUCAGAAUUAUUUUGACAAAAUACUGCACUGGAGGAGUCAGACUGCUGAAAUUGUCGAGGAUAAUGACCAGCGUGGAAGAUACACUUGUCUAAGAUGGCGUAAACGUGGGAAAAAUAAUUACAAUGAUGAAUUAUUUUAAAUUAUUAUAAUUAUAAAAAAAAAAAUUAUUUUGUAACUU